CCGCCUAAAAACUUAUGGGGAUUAUACAAGUCACGUGGAAUGGAUUUAAACAUGUACGACGCCUUCAAAGGAGAAAUCUGGAAAGAGCUGGGACCAUUAGACUCCGACUGGUUUGAUGUACUGACAGCUCAAACGUUCACCAAUGAGGAAAAUGCCUCUGAUCAUGAUGACCUCUACCCUAACCAAGAGGAACAUUUUAAAACACCUUUUGACAAAACUGCAGUAGACAGUCAGCUAUUUUCAACCCCUAAAGUUUUCAGACACAGUCGAGUUGUGUCACCUGCAACUGAGGAUGAGCAGUCGUUCACCGCUGAACAAGAAAAAGAAACACUGCCAUGGACUGCAACACAAAGCCCAUAUUUGUUUCAGAUGUCAAAAGAGGGGCUCCCAGGUGCAAAAUAUGAAGGUGUCCAGCCUCAGAGUCAGGACAGCUUUGAUUUGCUUCAUACUAGCCCAAAAACCCCGGUCAGCUAUGCCAAGCAAAUAUCUGAAAGUCUUGGCGCACAGAUUCAUCCUGAUAUAUCCUGGACCAGUUCUCUGAAUACCCCACCAGCAGUGCCAUCCACCCUGAUUUUAUCUAAAACUGAUGAGAGUCCCCGUUCAAUGAGUAUUACUGCAGACGAAAAUGUUGUUUUUGUACGGACACUUUUUCCUUCUCUCUCCAAUUUGUCCAGAGUUGGGAAAGCGUCACCCAAAAACAAUGACAUGCCUGCCGAUCACCAAGGUGUUGUUUCCCCUGAGGCAGUUCAGAAUCCAGAGACCCAUAACUCCCCCCAGAGUUCACUCAGUCAGAGUGAGAGUGUUUGGAGACAGAAGCUACCAGAUGCUAUUCAGGAUGGAGAAAUUUGCAACACAGUAGCUGGUGUCCUUGACGGAGCUGAAGAUGUUCUCUCGAUAUUUUUCACCAACAGCAGUUCAGCACUGAGAAAAGUGAAAACCGAUAGAAUCAAGAGGAGGCAACUCAUUCUGACAAAAGAACAUGACUGCACCUCUACUGACAUGUCAGCCACAAAGACCGCUACAUCCAGUGAGCACAGAGAAAAUAACUUGGAACCUGUCAAACUUACCUCAUCCCCACUUUUGAAAACUGGAGAUAUUGGAAUCACCCAGUGGUCUCCAUUGAGUUUAUCUGAAAUUCCCCCCUGUACUGUAGAUUCUUCUUGCCAUGAUAACAGUCAUGCUACACAAAUGGAAAACAACAUUGUAACAGAACAACUGCAGAGUGUCUCUGGUUCUGGCCAGCCAGUCAGGCCAUCUUUGAAAAUCAUAGACACUGGAUUUACAAAGAAAAAGAGAAAAUUUGUUUACACUGUGGAGACUUCAAAAACACAAGCUCAAGGACAAGAAAUGCAGUCUCCAAAGAUUGACCCACCAACAGGGAUUCCAGAUUCUGGAUACAAAUUGAGUGCCAAGCUGUCAGGGGAAGCCCCAGAUGAAGCAGACUGUCGCAGUAUCAGGGAGAACGAGAUACAAAAACAGGAAAAUGUCUCUGAAGAAAACCUACGUCCCUCUGUACAAGCAAAAGUCCAAGAUCUUGACAUGUCGCAGCUCUGCAAAGAUUUUGCACAAGACUUCAGUCAAAUGUUAGACCACAGUAAACUGCAUAUAGUAACAGAAGAUACUCCUCGAAACAGCUUCUCUCCAUUGGCUUGUCUGUCAGCCAUGAAACAAGCUAAACAGAGAGCAAGGCAAGCAAAACUUCACCAGGACUGUGAUGGCAUCAGUAACAGAAGACAUGCUUCUACCACUAAUCAAAAUUACUCCAUCACUGAAGGCACAGUAAGUGAUAGCAGAUUCCAGUCUGCUGUUGCAGAUAUCACUCACCACUCAACAUCAUUUAUUCUGCCUAGCUCAGAGAACACCAGUCAGAGUCAACAGUGGACUGACUUUAAAACUGAUAUCCAUAGGACUACUUCUUUUCUACCUACAAAUACAGGAAAUGAGAAAUUUCAUAUGGAUGAUAUUUCACAAGAAGCUAUAACUGAUGCCAAGCUACCCAGUGCUCAGACACUGGGCCCUUGCAAAGACAGAGAGUUGCACAAAAAGGGCACAUCAGCACAACCAGCCUGUGGUGCAAACGGGAAUGCUGAUGACAUUAAUUGCUUUCCACUUGACAGUCACAUUUAUAGCACUUCCCCAGAGAAAACAACGGUUUCUGUUCCUCCCAUCCAUGCAUCAGGAUUCAAAACCGCUUCAAAUAAAGCUAUACAGAUUUCCUCAGCCAACCUGGAGACAGCCAAGUAUCUCUUUGAAGAGAAUGAAGCUGAAAGGACUUUAAGUGAUCAGCCCACCAAAAGAGACCAUGACACUAAAGAUGAAAUUGGCAUGAGUAAUGGAUCAUUAAAAAACAUAAUCUCUAACUCAAAGCAGCCACCUUCUUCACAAGAAAAUUUUGGGGAUAUCGGUUGCCAGUUAACAGCUUCACAAAAAGCUGACGUGACAGAACUGUGCACUCUCCUGGAAGAAGCAGAUAGCCAGUUUGAAUUUACACAGUUUAAAACUGCAAAGGCACAGCAACACUGUCAAGAUAAUGUCACCUCUCCCCAAAACGUUGACAAAGAACUUGACCCUGAUUUCCUUUUGGGUAUAGAUUUUGAUGAUAGCUUUAGUUCAGAUGCUGAAAAGCACCUGGCAAAAACUGUGAUGCUUGAUAAAAUGACUUUGGUUUCAGAUGGUAAAGCAAACUCGGAGAAGUCAAAGGUCACAAGUAAAUCCACAGUUGUCUCAUUUUCAAGUGCAAUGAAAACAGAAAAUUCCUCUACCCAAGAUGUGGCUUCCUCUUCAAAGCAUAUCUGUGAGGGCAGUAGCAGUAAUGUGUCAGCUAAACCCAAAACUCUUGACAGAGCUGGGUACACUGAAGCAAGCGAGCAGGAGAACAAAAAUCCUUUGAUGCUUGAUGUAGGAUUUAAAACUGCAGUAGGAAAUGUUUUGAGAGUUUCAAAAAAAUGUCUGAGCAAAGCUAGAGCUUUGUUUGCAGAUUUAGAGCAGAAUCAGACUUAUCAGAAAUCACCAGACAAGCAGAACAGUGAAGGUGAUGCUAAAACCGAGCAGAGACUGGUCACGAGCAUUAAUGAAAAAGAUGCUGCUGAAAGUUUUAAAAACAGCAAAAUGGACACAACCACAUGUCAAAGAGGAUUCCAGAUGGCCAGUGGGAAAGGGAUUUCUAUUUCAGCAAAAGCAAUGCAAGAGGCAGAUGCCUUCUUCAAAGACUGUGACAUUAGUGACAGUAACACUGGCAUGUCAGUAAAACAUAAAAAGAGUGCAGAACGUUUACCUGGAAGUGUCAGACAUAAAAGCCCUCAGAAAAAUGUCCAAGAGAACUUUUCUGAAGAACCAAUCAGUGAAUUUGAAAAAGUGAAUGCUGGACCAGUUACAUGCCAUACAGAGGUUGUGCAGCAUAAUGUGGAGAUUCACAGUUUGGAUUUUAAGAAUAGACCAGCUUUAACGAAUGCUGUUUCUCUCCGUGGAAACCUGUCUUCCACUGCAAAGGCACUUUCUUCUCCCUCAUGCACGUCAUCAAAUAGUACUGGCUCCUCUGCCAUUAAUGAAUUGAGCAAUGGAGGUGGAUUCUCCACAGCCAGUGGGAAGAAAGUAUCUGUGUCAGCUGAUGCAAUGAAAAGAGCAGAGUGUCUUUUGAAUGACAUUCAUACACUUGAGGACACAAACAAAGAACUGAAACAGAAAGGAGAUGCUUCAAGAACAGGUCAUCCCACCAGUCAGAUUCACGUUGCACCACCUAAAAAUGGUGGAUUUCAGACAGCUAGUGGCAAAGGAGUUGUCAUUUCAUCCGCAGCUCUCAAAAAAGCAAAAUCGUUGUUGAGUGAAUGCGAAGCAGUUGAGGAUACCAUCAAUUUAAAACCGACACAUUCCAAGAUGCCCAUUCCUGGUCCUUCAUCCAGGAAUAGUGGAUUUCUUGCAGCCAGUGGUAAGCCUAUGGCUCUUUCAGCUGAGGCCCUCCAGAGGGCAAAAGCAGUCUUCAGUGACAUUGAUUUCAGUGCAGAGAUCACAGCUGUUUCAGACAAAAGAACCCGUGACAAGACACAUGACAAUGCUGGAAAUUCAGACAGAAUACAUUGUGGUUUCAUGACUGCAGGGGGAGCGACUGUCGGUGUGUUUCAGAAAAAUCUGUUGAAAGCAACAAACCUUUUGAAAGAAUUUGAAGAUAGUUCUAUUUCAGCAAAAGCAAUGCAAGAAGCAGAUGCUUUCUUCAAGGACUGUGACAUUAUGGACCGUAACAAUGGAAUGUCAGUAAAAUAUGAGAAAAGUUCAGCACCUGUGAGUGGAAGUGGCAGCGAGAAGAAAUGCCUUUCAAAUUUUGAACAAGAUCAAAGGGUGACCAACACUUCUAAGGAGCAUGGAAGUGGGCACACUGAAUUUGAAAAUUUGAACAUGGGACCCAUUGUAAACCAUGAAAACUUGCUGCAUGCUUUUAAGAGCACACCUGAUUGCACCAAUGGAAAACCACUUUCUUCCCCAUUGUGCACAUCAUCAAAGAACAUUGGUUCCUCUACCUUCAGUGAAUUUAGCAACAGUAAUGGAUUCUGCACAGCCAGUGGAAAAAAGGUAUCUGUGUCAGAUGUUUCAAUGGCAAAAGCAAAGUCUCUAUUGAAUGAAAGUGAUGCAUUUAAGGACACAAACAGAGAACUGAAACAAAAAGACACUUUUCCACCACAGAAUAAUGGCAAAGGAGCUAUUUCAUUUGCAGCUCCGAAGAAAGCAAAAACUCUAAGUGAAUAUGACGGAGUUGAGGGUGAAAUCAGUGUAAAGCCAACACAUACCAAGAUGCCAGUUUCUAGUUUAACGCACAGGAACAGUGGAUUUCUUGCAGCCAGUGGUGAGCCUGUUGCAUUUUCACCUGAGGCCCUCCAGAAAGCAAAAGCCCUCUCCUAUUCAAACUUGUACUCAGCAAUCCCACGUGACACUCAGAAGUCAGAUCUGUCAAAAGUGAACUAUGUGACAAGAACUUCAAAUUCUAAUCUCAGCACAGCCAGAGACAAGGACACGCUUGCUAAGGAAAGUGCCCCUCAGCCAGUUCAACCCUUUCAAUCUUUGCAAGAGGUUGGCUGUGACAAUGAAAAUCUACAAAAUUCAAGUGUACGUGGUUGCAUUUCUAUCAAAGAAAAGGCACUUACAGAUGCAUCUAAGUUUAAAGAGGGCAAAAUUACCCCGUCAUGGGUGGGCAACCUCCAUGACACUCCCAGAGAGGAAGUGGCAAAUGUGUCAGGCUGUGAAGUAAAUCAUACAAGCAGCAGUGAGGGACCUAAGUACAAAAGGACAGAGGAGUCCUCAGCUCUAAUACUUCAGUCACUUAACCUCAGUGGCUGCACUGAAACCCAGCAGAAGUUUCUUGCCCAGGAAGCUCUUGACUGCACUAAAGCUUUGUUAGAGGAUGAAAGUCUAGCUGGCCAAAGUCUCUCAGUGACUUUAGAAAGUGUGCCACUGCAAGAUAACCCCAAAUCUAACAACAAAUCUGUGGAGGAACAGAAAGGCAGAGGAAAAAGAUCAGUGGAUGAUGCAGAUGUGAUUGGUCAGCCUCCCCUGAAAAGACGAUUAGUGGAAGAAUUUGACAGGACUGUGGAUGGUCCAAGAGGUUCCACACUCCACCCACAAAAAUGUUGUCCAAAUAGUGUAAUGAAAGACAGGAGAGCUUUCAAGUACAGUGUCUCUCCUCAUCCAAACAUCACAAGGCCACACAGGGAUGGAAAAAACUAUUUGGAAAAGACAACACCAACACAAAAUUCAUCCUCAGGAGACUGCAGAUCAGCACAUUUCAAGAUGCCAGCAUUUGUUCCUCCAUUCCUCAAGAAUGUUAAGACAGACACUCACAAGAAUACAGUCCUCAAGGACAACUUAAGAGCACCUUCAGCAUUUGUUCCUCCAUUCAAAAAACAAACAACAGUUGUCCAAGAGAACUCCUCUAAACCACAGGAGGAGGGGAAACACCACCAUCUCUUUGUCACACCCUCUAACAGCAACACUUAUGUACCCCCUACUAAAAAAACACAAAGUAGUACAGACGUAACCAGUAAUAAAAGCAAAGAAGAUAUUCAGGCCAUGGCUGACACUACAAAUGAUUUUAUGAUGAAUACUCAAUACAUUCCCGCUGGCUGUGGAUCAGAGGACUUUGCUGCAGACGCAUCACGUGUGAAGGACACAUUUUCCCAAAGCCAAGACACAUUUCAGAAUCUUGAAAAUGUGGAGCUGGCACGGGAUAUGCAAGACAUGAGACUCAGGAAAAAGAAGCGCCAGACAAUUCGACCACUUCCAGGCAGUUUGUUUCUAACCAAAACCUCUGGGGUUUCGAGGAUCCCAUUAAAAGCUGCAGUAAAUGGAAAGCCUCCUGCAAGAUACACCCCAAAACAGCUGUAUGGUUAUGGAGUGCAUCAACUUGUGUCUGAGAUCACAAGUGAGACUGCAGAAACCUUUCGCUUCAGUUUACAACAGUUCUUCAAGCUGGAAGCACUUAUAGAUGGAGGUGGUGUUCAGCUUGCCGAUGGAGGAUGGCUGAUCCCCAGCAAUGAUGGGACUGCAGGGAAAGAAGAGUUUUAUAAAGCAUUAUGUGACACCCCAGGUGUGGAUCCUAAACUGAUUAGCGAGGAGUGGGUGUACAAUCACUACAGAUGGAUUGUGUGGAAGCAGGCCUCCAUGGAAAGAUCUUUUCCGGAAACAAUGGGAAGCCUCUGUCUCACACCAGAGCAGGUUCUCCUACAGCUUAAAUACAGAUAUGAUGUAGAGAUAGACCACAGCCGUCGGCCAGCUCUGAGAAAGAUCAUGGAAAAGGACGACACAGCAGCCAAAACCCUGGUUCUCUGUGUUUGUGGGAUUGUCUCUAGGGGCCAGUCCCUAAACAAACAGAGUCGCAAUGGCACCAAGACUCCACAAGGUGCUGAUGCCAAGGUUGAGCCCCCAUCUGCAGUUGUUUGGCUGACAGAUGGAUGGUAUGCCAUUAAAGCUCAGCUGGAUGAACCUUUGACUGCCAUGCUUCACAAAGGUCGACUGGCUGUCGGCAGGAAGUUGAUCAUCUAUGGGGCUCAGCUGGUGGGAUCACAAGAUGCUUGCUCCCCUCUGGAGGCACCUGACUCUCUCAUGUUAAAGAUUUGUGCCAAUAGCAGCAGACUGGCAAGGUGGGAUACUAAGCUGGGUUUUCACAGGGAUCCCAGGCCAUUCCUACUUCCUCUCUCCAGUUUGUACAGCAAUGGAGGGCCAGUAGGAUGUGUGGAUAUUACCAUACUGAGAAGCUACCCCAUACAGUGGAUGGAGAGGAAAGCAGACGGAGGCGUUGUGUUCCGUUCUGCUCGUGCAGAAGAGAAGGAGGAGAGACGAUUCAGCAGCCACAAACAAAAAGCCAUGGAGAUCCUCUUUGCCAAGAUUCAAACUGAAUUUGAAAAUGAGGAGAAAGGUAAUAACAAACCUAAACGCAGAAGACGGACAAUAAGCAGUCAGUAUAUUGCCAGUCUGCAAGAUGGAGAGGAGCUCUAUGAAGCAGUGGGGGAUGACCCAGCUUACCUUGAGGCUCAUUUGAGUGAACAUCAGCUAGCAACGCUAGAAACAUACAGGCGCUCUCUGAUGGACAGGAAGCAGGCUGAAAUGCAGGAUCGAUACCAGCGUGCUAUAGAAGCAGAGGGCAAUGACGGGAGCUGUCUCAAACGAGACGUUACACCUGUGUGGAGACUCUGCGUUGCUGACUCCAUGGACCAGCCUGUCCGUGUUUACCAGUUGAACCUUUGGCGGCCUUCCUCAGAUCUUCAGUCUUUACUGAAGGAAGGCGGUCGAUACAAAGUCUACAACCUCACCACUUCAGAUGGAAAGAAACGCAGUGGAAUUGAAAGUGUUCAACUCACUGGGAUGAAGAAAACACAGUUUCAGGACUUACGGGCUUCCCAGGAAUGGUUGUCAGCAUGUUUUCAGCCAAGGGUUUCUACCAAUUUUGUGAAUCUUCAGAGCCCAGAAUUCCAGCCGCUGUGUGGAGAGGUUGAUCUCACAGGAUACAUCAUUAGUAUCAUAGAUGGACAGGGUUCCUCUCCUGCAUUUUAUGUGGCUGAUGGAAGACUGAACUUUGUUAAAGUGCGCUGUUUCAGCAGCUUUUCUCAGUCUGGCCUGGAGGAUGUUGUAAAACCUCAUGUGCUGCUGGCUCUGAGCAACCUGCAGCUUAGAGGUCAGUCCACAUCUCCCACUCCUGUUGUGUACGCUGGAGAUCUGACCGUCUUCUCUACAAACCCCAUGGAGGUUCAUCUACAGGAAUCCCUCGGCCAACUCAGAAGCCAGGUCAAGGGUCAGGAGAACUUUUUUCUAACUGCUGAGGAGAAGCUUUCACAUUUAGUCAAGUCUGAUGGCUUGAGCUCCAUCUCUUCCCCAGCUUUGCAACCACGAACCCCAGCUUGUACAACAGACAGAAGACAAGACACUGAGACAAGUCUAAUAUCUCAGCAGCCAAGCAGAAGCCUUGGCUCCUUCACACCUGUCAACAAGAAACCUCCUGCAGCAACUUCUUCAACAGAGAAAGACACCAGAAGCCUGAAGAGGAGAAGAGCUCUGGACUAUCUGUCUCAUAUCCCGUCUCCACCACCUCUUUCCCAUCUGGGCUCAGUGGCUUCUCCAUGUGUAAAAAAGACAUUCAACCCCCCUCGGAGGUCUACAACAACAAGCACUUUAAAAGCUGUGCAGACUCCAGCUCGCAAACCUGUUAUUUUACCAAUGGAAGAUGAAUGGGUGAAUGACGAGGAACUGGCAAUGAUUGAUACUCAAACAUUGCGUGCUGGUGAUUUACUGUAGGUAUAUAUAACAGCUUUUAAAAAACUGUACAAAGGAGCGAAUGUAAAGACUACAUAUGGCACAUACUCAGAGGAUUUUGUAGUCUCACUAGACUAAUUAAAGUGAGGAAAUUGCCACACAGCAGUAAAAUCA